UUGUUUUGGCAUCUCUGAACAAAUUAAUCAUGACUGCCUUGGUUGCAAUAUUUUAUAUCGUGCACCUCAUCCUUCUGAUCUGAUCUUACAUAAAAUACCUUAAGUUUGAGCACAGAGAGAACCAGUACUGCAAAAGGGAGGAGCUGAACAUAUGAUGCGCACUUCGAUUGAGAUGAACGAAGAAAGAAUGUGUGUAACAGGUGCAGGAGGAUUUCUUGCUUCAUGGGUUGUCAAGUUUCUCCUCUCCAAGGGCUAUGCCGUGCAUGCAACAGUUAGAGAUCCAAAUGCUGAAAAUUGUGCUCAUCUGAAGAAUUUGGAGAACGCCGCGGAAAAUCUGCAUCUCUUUAAAGCAGAUUUGCUCGACUAUAACAGCCUCUACGUUGCCAUUACAGCAUGCAGGGGUGUUUUUCAUGUAGCCAGUCCAGUGCCUUCAGCUCCUGUGACCAAUCCCAAGGUGGAAUUGUUCGAACCCGCUUUGAAUGGUACAUGUAAUGUACUAAAGGCAUGUACUAAAGCGAAAGUUAAAAGGGUUGUGGUUGUAUCAUCUAUUGGCGCAGUUAUGUUGAACCCCAACUGGCCAACGGAUCAACGGAUGGACGAGCUGAGUUGGUCUGACGAGGAAUAUUGCAAAACAAUUGAGGACUGGUAUUGUCUCUCCAAAACAGAAGCAGAAAGCAAGGCGUGGGAGUAUGCAAAGAAGAAUGGUCUUGACUUGGUAACCAUUUGUCCGUCAUUGAUUAUUGGGCCAAUGUUGCAGUUUACAGUGAAUGCCAGCAGCUUGUUUUUAAUCAAGAUUCUGAAAGAUGGGAUAAAUAGUGACCAGAGGAUGGUAGAUGUGCGGGAUGUGGCUAGAGCAAUACUACUGUCAUAUGAGAAGCCGGAAGCAGAAGGGAGAUAUAUAUGCUCUGCGUAUAUGGCCAAAACACAAGGUUUGGUCGACAAGCUCAAGACCAUGUAUCCAAAGUACAAAUGCCCAAAGAGAAUUACUGAAGCUGAGGAUCAACCGAAGAUGAAUUGUGAAAAGUUGCAGAAGUUGGGCUGGGAAUACAUAACACUUGAAGAAAGUCUUGCUGACUCCGUUAAAUGCUAUCAAGAGAAGAGCAUCUUUGAUUGUUUGGCUGGGGAAAAAUCCUUCUAGGCCUUUAUAACUUCUGAAAUUACUGUAUUAUUUUCUUUUGUAUUUCUCUAUUAAUAAAAAAAAGUCUUUUAUAAUUAA